AUGCAAGAGGUCCCGGCAUCGCUUGGCAGGUGGGUGGUGGGCGUGUCGUUCCACGUCGGCAGCGGCUGCCAGAACGUGGCGGUCUACGCGGACGCCAUCCGCCGCGCCCGCGAGGCCUUUGACGUUGCCGCUGCGCUGGGCUUUGGAAACAUGCACCUGCUGGACAUUGGGGGCGGCUUCACCGCGCCCUACGACGCCGUCACGGCGGACCUCUUUUACCGCACAGCAGCAGUCAUCAACGGGGCCCUGGACGAGUGCUUCCCUCCUGGCUGCGGUGUGCGCAUCAUCGCAGAGCCGGGCCGCUACUUUGCCGAGACCUCAGCCACCCUGUUCACCACAAUCCUGGGGCAGCGCGCGUCGCGGGCGCCGUGCGGGGCGCCGCUGCGCGACUACCACCUGAGUGACGGCACCUACGGCUCGUUUAGGAUACAGGUGGCGGUAGACGGCCUGGAGCCGUCCUACACGGUGCUGCGCUCCCCGCUGCUGCCACCCCCUGGCCCGGAGCUCUCUGCGCCGAUGGCCUGUCGCCUGUGGGGGGACAGCGGGCGCACCGACGACUGCGUGCACCGCAACGCGCGGCUCCCUGCGCUGCGCGACGGCGACUGGCUGGCCUUUGACUACGCGGGCGCCUACACCGUCUGCUCGGCUUCUAGGUUUGGCGGUGGCAGCAUGGCAGAGCCGACCAAGCUGUUCGUGCUCUCCGAGGUCGCGACGCGCGACCUCGGCAACCUCAACGACCCGGCCAUGCGCGCGGCAGCGGCCGCGGGGCGGUCGGAGGCCGAGGCGCACGCGGCGCUGGCGGCGGCGCAGAUGUUGCAGGCCCUCAGCGUGGGCGUGUGCAGCAGCGGCAGUCGCUAUGGUGGUGGUGGUGGUGGCAGCUGCGCGGUCAGCUCUGCGUCGUCUGAGGCCACCAUGGGCGGUGACGAGCCCAUGGAGUAA